AUGUUGAUAGGGGAGGCGGUGUACAUCGGCAGAAAUAAUGGCAGGUCCCUGCCCCUCGCUUUGGGACCCUCUUCACCACAGUGCGCAAAAGUCCCCCACCACAGGCCAUCAAUCCAACCUCAAGGCCAGUCCAAGUCAGCCAAAGAUUUGGCCAACAUACCAUCGAAGAGCCGCAUCGCACACGAAUCAUCGGCGCUCAGCAGUGUUAUUUCAGCCCGUUGUCACGUACAACGCGUCCGCCAACCCAGACCGCUCUCACCCAAGCUCCUCCCGUCGACCCUCUCCCGUCCCGUCCCCCAUCCAGCAAGCCGCCGGUUUAGGGUGUUGCCCGAACGAACCCCCAGACAGACAAAUCAUCCUUUCGACCAUCGGCCCCUUUCUGCGCGCGCGACAAACAUGGCCGGCAUGGAUGAUUUUGUAAGCGACUCAGACAGUGACUACACCAGUUACUGGAGGGAUUGGUUCAUCUCGUCGCGCGGCAACGAAUACUAUUGCGAAAUCGAUGAAGACUACCUGACAGACCGCUUCAACCUGACGGGACUGAACACCGAGGUUCAGUACUACCAAUACGCGCUCGACCUGAUCACGGACGUGUUCGACCUCGACUGCGACGAUGAGAUGCGCGAGACCAUAGAAAAGUCGGCGAGGCAUUUGUAUGGACUUAUUCACGCUCGGUAUAUCGUCACUACGCGCGGCCUGGCAAAGAUGCUGGAGAAGUACAAGAAAUGCGACUUUGGAAAAUGCCCCCGCGUGAUGUGCCAUUCCCACCCCCUCCUCCCGAUGGGCCUCUCGGACGUGGCCAACCAAAAGGCUGUCAAGCUCUACUGCGCCCGUUGCGAGGACAUCUACAACCCCAAAUCAACCCGCCACUCGGCCAUUGACGGGGCCUAUUUUGGGACCUCAUUCCACAACAUCCUCUUCCAGGUCUAUCCCGCUCUGGUGCCCCCCAAGACCACAGAGCGGUACGUUCCCCGCGUCUACGGAUUCAAGGUGCACGCCGCGGCUGCCCUGGUGAGGUGGCAGAACAAGGAGCGGGGGGAGAUGAGGAGGAGGUUGCGGAAGAUGGAGGUGGACAGCGGCUUUGCCAAGGUGGACGGGGAGGACGACGAUGAGGACGAAGAGGAGGAGGACGAAGAGGAGGAGAUGAUGGAGGAUGCUAUGAAUCACAACCCUGCGGCGGUGGUGCAAUACCGGGGUGCUGGAGAGGUCGCUACACUGCAGUGAAUCGAGACUGGAUGAACGUAUGUGUGGGUGGCGAUCCCAGGUGGGGGCACGAUGUGUAGAUGGGUUCUGUGGGUUCGGAAGUGGUGGUGUUUGGUUUACAUUUGAACGGAUCAUGCAUUUUUUUCUGGUAGUGGUUCUGGGCUUUUUCUUGGAGCUUUUGAUUCAGCGUCUUUUUUCCAUUUUGGUCUUGAUGGGGUUUUUCCGCUGCAACGCACUGCUGAAGGAGCGGUCACUUGUCACAACAUUAUAACAACACAAUACCACACGCACAACACAUAUGGAACUUUUACUGGGCUUUGGUUGGCAGCAUCUACACUCUGGCGUUCACUGUGAGAAAGGGGGCUUGGCUUGCGGAGGGAGGGGGAGGA